CUGAUCGAGGAGUUUUAAUAGAGUUCUGAGGAAGAGUUAAAGUUCAGCAAAAUGAGCCGCUACUACACCAGACUAACAGUGCGAAGAACCUACACAUGGCCUGGAAGACCAGUAAGGGAGGACAGAAAGCUGAAGAGGCUGUAUCACGAUACAUUGAGAAUCGCUGUGGAAGGAAGACCGGGCGUCGUCGUCGUGUCUGUAGGUCAGUGCAUUUUAAUCGAAGGCGAUGAUGACGACAACCCCUACGUCGCACAGCUCCUCAAGCUUUUCUCAGACGAUACGGGCAAGCAGAAGAAAGCGGUGGUGCAGUGGUUUGUGCGUAUGUGUGAAAUACCUCACAACAAGAAGAAGCUGCUGGGCAGAGACCCUCAUCCACAGGAGAUCUUCUACUACCAGGAUUGCUCCUGUGAUAAUGAGAUUUCUGCCGAGACUAUCCUGGCAGCAGUACAGGUGAAGCACAUUCCUGCCGAUCUUCCUUUCCCAGACGAUGAGAACAAACACACCCUGUUUGUUAAGCUCACAUGGGACACUAAGGCUUUUCGGGCCAUGGAUCCCGAGUUAAUUCGGCCACCUCGGAGCCCUGAAUCCCCACCGCCAUCCCAGAAUGCACCUCGGCUCCGUGCCCUUCCGACGCCGGACCCAUCCGUGAUGAAGCGGGCCGUAUCCGGCGUGAACGCUCGUGGCAGCAUGAGCACGGGCAAGAUGACCUACACUGAGGCGGAGUCGGCCCACUCCGCCUCCAAACUGUCUGCUGCUAAAAGCCUGAACGUGAAGAGGCGAGGCAGGGUCUCGUCCAACCCAACUAUCCGCAAGAAGCUGGAGCUCUGCAGUCCGCCAAAGACACUAACCAGAGAUGAUGUUCUUGGAGAGAUACUGGGUGACGAUCGGGAGACGCAGGACGAUCUGGCCACCGAACUGGGCACGUCUCCACCUCGGCGCAUCUCCAUCUCCAUCCGCCUCACCCCACUCACGGUUCGGACUAAAUGUUUCACCGAGGAGGAGAAACUGACCAUUCGGCCUUUGCAGAGCCCUGAUAAACCAACUCGGUCUGCACGGGAUAAUCAGGAUUCUGCCAGGGACGCUCUCGGCGUGGUACCCUCGGAUGAUGACGAUGUAUUUGAGGUAGAUCCAGCACUCGUGCGCAAAAGCAGAACUCCCCGUAAGAGAGAGGCCACUCCUAGGAGAGCUAGCCUCAGGGGGAACGAUUCAAGAACUCCGUCCGGAAGGAGAGAGUCUGCUAGGGCCCGAGAGCCGGCCCUCGAUGUAUUGGCUGAGGAGGAGCAUGAAGACUCACCUGUCCACACUGCUGCUACUCCACGCUCCAAGAGGAAAUCAGCCCAGCUUGUGUCGUCCCGUAUCAGAAAGCAGCUAAAGCUGCUGACUGGCUGUGAUGAGCUGCAGUCAGAUGGAGAAGAUGCUGACGACGACGGCUGUUUCAUGCCCACCAAGGACCUGGAGAGCAGCAGUGAUGAAGAAGAGGGAAAAAUGGACAGCGAAGAUGAGCUUGUGGUGAACAGAGGCAGGCGUGCGACAGGCGCGAGAACGCCAUCGAAAGAGAAGACUCGCGCUUCUGCUCGAACCCCCUGCAAAACUCCGAGCAAAAAGGCUGCUCCUACCACUCCCCGAACACCUCGACAUGCCACUCCCAGCAUCCCUAGCAGAAGUUUGCCAGCCAGAAAACCGGGGAACGUUUUGGAAGAGGCCAGAGCAAGGUUGCACGUAUCGUCGGUCCCCGAGUCUCUGCCAUGUCGAGAGCAGGAGUUCCAAGACAUCUACAACUUUGUAGAGAGCAAGAUCAUGGAUGGUACUGGAGGGUGUAUGUAUAUCUCGGGCGUUCCUGGUACAGGGAAAACUGCCACGGUACACGAGGUGAUCAGAUCCUUGCAACAGGCGUCCGAGCAAGACGAGAUCCCACCGUUCCACUUCGUAGAGAUCAACGGCAUGAAGAUGACUGACCCGCAUCAGGCUUAUGUCCAAAUCCUUCAGAAACUGACUGGUCAGAAAGCCACCACUGACCAUGCUGCUUCUCUACUGGAGAAACGCUUCAGUACUCCUGCUCCAAAGAAAGAGACCACAGUUCUGCUGGUGGAUGAGCUGGAUCUUCUGUGGACCAGGAAACAGAACGUCAUGUAUAAUCUGUUCGACUGGCCAACGAGACGCCACGCUCGCCUGGUUGUGCUGACCAUCGCAAACACCAUGGAUUUGCCUGAGAGGAUAAUGAUCAACCGUGUGGCCAGUCGGCUUGGUCUGACUCGCAUGUCCUUCCAACCUUACACUUUUAAGCAGCUGCAGCAGAUCAUCACAUCCAGGCUGAAUAAAGUUAAAGCGUUUGAGGAAGACGCUCUUCAGCUGGUCUCAAGAAAGGUAGCAGCUCUGUCGGGUGAUGCCCGCCGGUGCCUAGACAUUUGCAGACGUGCCACAGAGAUCUGUGAAUACUCCAGUCAGCAGGGUGCCACUGGGUUGACUGGAAUGAGUCACGUGAUGGAAGCUUUGGAUGAGAUGUUCUCUUCUUCGUAUAUCACUGCCAUUAGGGCGUGUUCUUUGCAGGAGCAGCUCUUCCUGAGGGCUGUGAUUGCAGAGUUUCGCAGGCUUGGUCUUGAAGAGGCCACUUUUCAGCAGGUGUUUGUACAGCACCAGGCUCUGUGUCGUGUGGAAGGUCUUCAGCCGGUCAGUGUAUCUGAGAGCUUGGCUGUGUGUCAGAGGUUAGGAGCUUACCGUCUGCUCCUGCUCGAACCCAGCCGCCUGGAUCUGCUGCUCCGUGUUCGUUUAAACGUCAGCCAGGACGAUGUGCUUUAUGCUUUAAAGUCUGACUGAGACCGGAGCUGUGCCCAAGAACCAGAUUGAAGCUUACACAAGCUGGUCCGUUUGACUGGGUUCAAUGGGGAAGGUUCUUAUAGGGCUGUUCUGCUGAAGUCCAACAGCUUGGUUAAACUAUCAGAUAUCUGCUCCUGUGAACAGAACGUGUUAACACAAUGUGCAUGUGGUAUCCAAGCUGAACCAUAUGCAGUUACAGGACAGCAGUGUUUUAGGGUCCGUCUCAGUCAUACCACUGGCAGUAAGCACUUGAUGCUGUGAAUACAUUUAAAUAACAGUAUUCGUGUGUUAAAUCGUGUCUGUCACUCAGAUUUCACGUAUUUGGGCCAGUCAGUACAACACACAUGGACUUAUAAUUAAAAAGAUUAUGUUUUUAGCUUUGGAGAGCAAGCCUCCCCUUGUUUACUGUUCUAACGUCUGUCUGAAUGUACGUGUGUGUGGAUUAAAUUGGUCAUGUGUUUCAUGAGCAACAUUUUAUUUCAUUAUUUUCAAUGUUCAUUUAAUUGUAACCCAAUAAAGCUGCUAAAACCAA